AUGUCUGAACAUAAAAUUCCCCCAUUUAACGGCCCCGAAUUCCAGAUACGCCUAUUGCGGCUGUCUCCGAAAAACGCUGUAUCGUUUAAUGCAACGCUGACGGGAAAACGAACCAGACUUCUGCUGCAGGGAAGCCUCGAAGUAUUUGACUUCGACUCGGCACCGCCAUUCAUUGGACUUUCGUAUGUAUGGGGUUCACAGGAAAACAAGCAGCCGUUCUUACUUAACGGAGAUGAAACCCAUAUAACCAAGAAUCUUGCAAUCGCCCUGGAACAUCUACGAGAUGUGCACCAGGAGAUCACGUUGUGGGUGGAUGCGCUCUGCAUCGAUCAGAGAAACGACCAGGAGAAGAGCGACCAGGUCUCACGUAUGCGUGAUAUCUACAAGCGAGCCGAAUCGGUGAGAGUCUGGCUCGGUCCGUCGUCGUAUGGAGUCGAUCUUGUCAUGGACAGGUUUGAAAAGCUCGGCCGUGGGAUACUCAACAUGGGCAUGCAGGAAGCCGUGUUCUCUUCCCCUCUGUGGGAUUUUAACACAUUAAAGCAGGUCCUGGCGGAUAAACCUCAAGAUUCGAUACUUCCUCUCUUGGACAUUUUUUGGAAGUUACAGGGCGCCUUCACAGACUUGACGUUAAGAGAGUGGUGGUCUCGCAUCUGGACGCUGCAAGAGUUUGUCGUGGCUAAAGAUGUAGUGUUCCAAUGUGGAAAGAAGCUACAGAACCUCGAUGUAUUCGAAAUAGCCGUUGUUUCAGUUAUGAAGUUUUUCUUUUUUAUGAAGCUGAGUGUUUUUCAGACCUGGCGUGAAAAGAGGAUGCAGCCAGACAAUUAUUCCUACGAGCGAGGCCGUGGCUUGAUGCGGGUCCAAAUAACCGAAAGGUUUACCAUUAGACGUGGUUAUGUCGAUACCCAGGACCAUUCCAGACACAGCAUGGGAUAUCUUCUCGAGACACUUUACGUGACAUGGAUCAAUGGCGGAGAGCUCAAGGCAACCGAUCCAAGGGACAAAAUCUACGCGCUGUUGGGCUUGGCCUGGGAUUCCGACUCACUGGGAAUUAUCCCAGACUACAAAAAAUCUAUACAAGAUAUUUACACUGAAGUGGUGGGGAAGGUCAUAGCCAAACACGACCUAUCUCUUUUACUUAAUUGCAAGUACAACCCCAGUUCAGGCCUUCCGUCUUGGGUACCUGAUUUUCGUCAGGGGCUAGCGAUGAGCGCUCGAUUGACCCUGGACGAUGAGUUUUGCGCAGGAAGUGCUGGAAUCGUGGCAAACGGUGCUCAGCCUUUAGAUGGCAGUCCAAAUAUUCUGGGUGUCAAAGGUUCACGUAUUGGGCGGGUCUUAGAUACCGGAACUUCCCUAAUGAUAUCGGAGCAAGAUUCACUCGACUUCAGCGGAAUACGUCGCUUCAUUUCAGAAAUUGAGGGCUUCCUUCUACAAUCCGCUUCCAUGGAUAUCUGCCCUUAUGGAGCUACAAACGGUGAUUACGAAGGUCAUGGUCCAACAUGGCUACAAGAGGCUCGUUACCGUAUCCCCGUCGCCGAUGCCCAGACCAAUGCGGAUUUCCAUAGUGUAGGCCGCGCGACGGCGUCGAGCAAGGCCAAAUUUGACAGUUUGAUGGAAUUUUACCGGCUGUAUGAUGAGAUGGCGGGACAAGGCCAAAGUCUGUCACCAGCUCUAAAGGCAUCCAUAAUGAAGGUGUGGGAGCUGGGAUUCAACAAGUGGGGACACUACUUCGGCAUCGUUCAAGAUAACCAUGGUCGCAAACCUUUUAUCACAACAAACGGGUAUGUGGGAGUCGGCCCUGAGGAGAUGGAGGUUGGCGAUGAUAUUUUUAUCUUUCUAGGAGCAACAGUACCAUACGUACUGAGAGCCGCGCAAGGGAGCAGCAGGUCGAUCCUGAUUGGCAAUGCGUAUGCCCAUGGAGUUAUGGACGGUGAAUUUAUGGGGAAACGUCCAUUAAUAGACUUGCACCUUGAAUAA